AUGGACGACCUCGAGAAGGCCAUCCUGCUCGCCUCCGACUCCCCCGCCGCCGCCGGGGCCUCCCCGGCCAUCCGCGAGGAGGCGCUCGCCUUCUGCGCCCGCGCCCGCGACGAGUCCCCGCCCUCCUCGCUCCUCCGCCUCUGCCUCUCCGGCCUCGCCUCCUCCCCCCACGCGCACGUCCACUUCUGGUGCCUCCAGUCCCUCCACGACGCGCUCCUCCGCCGCCGCAUCGCCCUCCCCGACGACCUUGCCCUGCUCCGCUCCUCCCUCCUCUCCCUCGCCUCCUCCUCCAACGCCGCCUCCCCGCCCUUCCUCCGCAACAAGCUCGCGCAGCUCAUCUCCCUCCUCGUCCGCCUAGACUACCCGCAUGUCUACCCCUCCUACUUCCUCGACCUCCUCCCGCCGUCCCCGCCGCACUCGGGCCCGACCGACAUGUUCGCCCGCGUCCUCAUCUCCAUCGACGACGACCUGCUCUCCCAGGACUACCCCCGCAGCGCCGACGAGACCGCCGACGCCGGCAGGGUCAAGGACGCCAUGCGGGCGCAGUGCGUGCCCCAGAUCGCCCGCCACUGGCACGACGCUGCUGGGUCCCUCCGUGCCGUAGACCCUCCCACCGCCGCCGUAGCCCUUGAUGCGGCGCGCAGGUGCAUCUCCUGGAUCGAUGUCGCGCUGGUCGCCAACGAUGUGUUCGUUCCUCUUCUGUUUGACAUUGCGCUGUCCCCUGGAACCGCUGCUCCACUCGCCGCUGCCGCCGCGGGAUGUCUUUCUGCUGUGGCUGCCAAGAGGAUGGAUGCAAGGGCAAAGGUGGCCUUGCUGAGGUCACUCUUGUCUGCGCAGCAGGGGCUCGGUAGCCCAGACAGCGGGUUAAAGAUGGCGACUCUGGUGACGACUUAUGCUGCCGAGGCUCUCGAAUGUUACCGCAAGCUUGGCCCUGGUGAUGCCGAUGGAGCCGCCGCGUUGGAGAUGCUCGAACAGGUGCUACCGGCUGUUUUUUCAGCGGCGGAGAGCGCUUAUGACGACGAUGUUGAUUCUGGUUCCGUGCUCGAUUUCUUAGCUGGGUAUGUCAGUACCAUGAAGGCUCCAUCAGAGAAGCAGCUAGGGCACCUGGGACGGAUCUUAGAGGUGGUGCGGCAGCAAAUGUUAUAUGAUCCAGUGUAUAGGGGUCAUCUUGAUGUGCUUGACAAGAUUGGGAAGGAGGAGGAGGACUUGAUGGCGGAGCAACGCAAGGAUCUAGUGGCAUUGUUCAGGAACAUUUGUAAAGUGGCGCCAGCGGCCACACAGCAGUUCAUAAAGGGGUUGCUCGUGACAGCGCUCUCAUCUGCAGAAGCUACCGUCGAGGAUGUCGAGGUCACUCUUACCCUGUUCUACCGUCUUGGGGAAAUAGUGGGGGAGGAAGAGAUCCGUACUGGGACUGGGCUGCUCGGGGAGCUUGUGCCCAUGCUCCUUUCUGCGAGGUUCCCGUGCCACACACACCGUCUAGUUGCGUCGGUGUAUCUCGAGACAGUUACCCGUUACAUCAAGUUCAUGCAAGAGAAUGUACAGUACGUGCCACACCUUCUUGCCGCUUUCUUGGAUGAGCGUGGUAUACACCAUCAGAAUUCCAUUGUGAGCCGCCGGGCAGGAUACUUGUUCAUGAAAGCUGUUAAGUUGUUGAAGGCAAAGCUAGUGCCUUACUUGGAUACCAUCUUGCAGACCUUGGAAGAUGUCCUUGGACAAUUCACUGCUAUGGACUGGGCAAAUAAAGAGGCAAAGUUCUCCAGCUCAGAGGAUGGCAGCCAAAUUUUUGAGGCUGUUGGGUUGUUGAUCGGUAUUGAAGAGCUGUCACCAGAGAAGCAGGUUCAGUGCUUGACAGCUUUGCUGAAUCCUCUCUGUCAUCAGAUUGAGUCGCUUGUAGUGGGUGCCAAAACACAAGGACUUGAAGAAUCUUCACCAAGAGCGAUGAGUCUUCAACAGAUUGUUGUUGCAUUGAAUAUGCUCACCAAGGGCUUUAAUGAACGUCUCGUGAUGGUAAUUAGGCCAACAAUCGGGGUCAUGUUCAAAAAGACCCUUGAUGUUGUUUUACAAAUCCUUGUUUCAUUUCCUAACGUGAAGCCCCUACGAUCAAAGGUCAUAUCCUUUCUGCACCGCAUGAUUGAGAUAUUAGGAAUCUCGGUGCUCCCAUGUAUUCCAGUCGCACUAAGACAAUUGGUGGUUGAUAACGAGGCAAAAGAUAUGGUGGAAUUCCUUGUGCUGAUAAACCAGAUAAUAUGCAAGUUUAAUUCUUCAGCAAGUGGAAUACUGGAGGAUGUCUUUCCCACUAUUGCAAGUCGUUUAGCUGUGAUACUGUCACAAGAUGCCUUUUCAACUGGUCCUGCAGGAAAUACUGAGGAAAUGCGAGAACUGCAAGAGCUGCAGAGGACAUUAUACACAUUCUUGCAUGGGAUGGUUACACAUGAUCUGUCUAUGAUUCUCCUUGCUCCUACCUGUACGCAGUAUUUGGAGACUAUAAUGCAGUUGCUUUUGUAUACAUCAUGCAGUCAUAAAGAUAUCCUACUUCGGAAGGCGUGUGUGCAGAUUUUUAUCAGACUCAUAAAAGACUGGUGCACUACGUCCAAAGCUGAUGAUAAGCUUCCUGGCUUCCGAGUGUUCAUGAUUGAGAAGUUUGCUACUGGUUGCUGUUUAUACAGUGUCCUUGACAAAUCAUUUAAUUUGCGUGAUGCAAAUACGCUUGUUCUCUUUGGUGAAAUUGUGAUGGCUCAAAAGAUUAUGUAUGAAAGAUUCGGGGAGGACUUCGUUGUAAAUUUUGUAGCAAAAGGUCUUCCAGAAGCUCACUGCCCACCAGACCUAGCUGAACAGUACUACCAAAAGUUACAGGGAAAUGAUACAAAAGCAUUCAGGUCAUUCUAUCAAUCACUUAUCGAGAAAAUAAGACAACAGCAGAAUGGGAGUCUUGUAUUCAGAUAGCAUCAUUUGAUUCAUUUGCUAUCUGUUUGCCAGUAGAAGACUCUGCAGCUGUAUGAUUUGAGUAUAGGUUAGUUGUAUCAACAAUGUAUAUAAAGCUCCAUUUCUGAGGUUGGAAGAUGUAUACUGCGGGAGCAUUUUUUACAGAAUAUGUCUGCUGUUCACCGCGUGUCACUGAGUUGCAUUGAAAUGUGACCCCAGAGUUCUGAUGAGAAAAUACAGGGUUCCAUUUAUUCGUUUCGAGGUUUCUCCACAAAGUGGCAAUUUGUUCUGCUACCAGGGCUUCAACUUUUGUAAGGUGAUCGCAGUGAGCUAACAGUUCGGGUAGAGAGUGUGCAUGUAGGCUGUGUUUUUCCUGACAGAAAUUGUCGCACCGCCUGUUGUCGUGUACCAAAUUUUGCCAAUCUGCUGUGGUUUCCACCCCAUUUAGUCAGCUGGGGUGUUGUACAGAUUCUACAAUAUAACUGCGCCGUAAUGUCUAUGGUCACCUCUUUCGUCCA